AUGGACUUCUUGGAGGCGGAGGGCGACUGGAGCCUGUCGUUCGCGGGCGCGGGCUACCUGGGCCUCUACCACGUGGGCGCCACCGAGUGCCUGCGCCAGCGCGCGCCGCGCCUCCUCCGGGGCGCCCGCCGGUUCUACGGCUCCUCCUCGGGCGCGCUCAACGCCGUGGCCAUUGUCUGCGGCAAGUCGGUCGACUUCUGCUGCUCCCACCUCCUGGCCAUGGUGAAGCAGUUGGAGACGCUGAGCCUGGGCGUCUUCCAUCCCGCCUACUGGCCCAUCGAGCACAUCAGACAGCAGCUGCAGGACCAUCUGCCCAGUGACAGCCACAUCCUGGCCUCCCAGCGGCUGGGCAUCUCCCUGACCCACUGGCCAGAUGGUCGCAACUACAUAGUGACCGACUUCGCCACCCGCGAUGAGCUCAUCCAGGCCCUGGUCUGCACUUUGUACUUCCCCUUAUACUGUGGGAAUAUUCCCCCUGAAUUCAGAGGGGAGCGCUACAUCGACGGGGCUCUAAGCAACAACCUGCCCUUCGCUGACUCCCUCUCCACCAUCACGGUCUCCCCCUUCCAUGGGACAGUGGACAUCUGUCCCCAGAGCAGCUCUGCCAGCCUGCACGAGCUGAACACCUUCAAUGCCAGCUUCCAAAUCUGCACCAAGAACUUCUUCCUGGGUUUUGCAUCCCUCUUCCCCCCUAAGCCCGAGGUGGUGGCUGACAGCUGCAGGCAAGGGUUCCUAGAUGCUCUGAGGUUCCUGGAGAAACGGGGACUCACCAAGGAGCCGGUGCUGAGGUCGCUGGUAUGCAAGGGGCCUCCGGUCCCCGUGGAGGAUCCCCAGACUGCUGACAGGACCUAUAACUGGAGCGUGCCCAACGUGUUGGUCAAGGACGUGCCCAACUUUGAGCAGCUGGCCCCAGAACUGGAAGCUGCGCUGAGGAAGGCGUGCAGGAGGGACCCCUGGGCUCGCUUCCAGUGCUCGGUGCCCGGCCAGGCGCUCACCUACCUGCUGCUGCCCUGCACGCUGCCUUUUGAGUAUGUCUACUUCCGGAGCAGGAGGCUGCUGCUGUGGCUGCCUGAGGCGCCAGCUGACCUGCGCUGGAUGCAGGGUUUGCUGAAGAGCGCGGCCCUCAAGGUCUGCACCAGGGUGAGGGAUCAGCUCCUCAGGCUGCACAGCAAGCCUGUCACCGGCAACACGGAUCCAGCCCCCUUCAGCCUGGGGCAGCUGCCUCUAAAGACCCAGCCUCGGAGCUCAGGCCUGCCGAACAGGCCUGCCGCCCACUGAGCGCCAGCCUCUGACUGGGCUCCUCUACCCCCUCCUCUGGCCUUGUCCUUUGGAUCCAUGACCCCCCUGGUUGUGGUGACUCUGACAGGUGGCCUGUGUCUGGUGCAUCAUCAGGGAGCUUGCAGCUGGGCCCCUGGUGCAGGAGGGCGCUGAGUCACUGGCUGAAGACAGCCCGCUCCCUACCUCCUCUGAGGUGUGUACUCCACAUAAGGCAGACAGCCCCGCACACGCAUGUUCGUGUCCUUGGGGGCCGUGCCUUGGGUGUGGCCAUUUACCUAAUCCAGUCCCUGUGCCUCAGACUCACUGCUUGUCAUCUGUGAUAAGGCUGCUAGGUGCCAAUCUGCAGCUGGGGUGCCAAGAUGCAUGGGGCCCCUUUGCCCUUCUGCUGCCUACUGACAUUAGGCACUCUCUGCCCUGUCUCACCCCUCAGCUCUGUGUCUCAGCCACGAGUCUGAUUGUCUGCUCAUCAGACACCUGAUGUUAAGAAACAAUCAGGGGGGAGGGAGGG